AGGUGACCUUGCCGAGUGCGUUGGAGGCAGUCCUCCUCCCGGAGUCCAGCGGUGCCCGAUUGGCUGACAGUGGGGGUGGAGCAGCCUGCGAACCCCGAGAACUGCCAUGGCCGCAGCUGCACGCGCUCGCAUCACACACUUGCUGAGGCACCUGCAAAGCUCAGCAUGUCAGUGCCCAACUCAUUCUCACACGUACUCCCAAGCCCCUGGAGUCUCCCCUUCAGGAAAAACAACAGAUUACGCCUUUGAGAUGGCUGUCUCAAAUAUUAGAUAUGGAGCAGGGGUUACAAAGGAAGUAGGCAUGGAUCUACAGAACAUGGGAGCUAAGAAUGUUUGCUUGAUGACAGACAAGAACCUCUCCCAGCUCCCUCCUGUACAAAUAGUUAUGGAUUCCCUGUCAAAGAACGGCAUCAGUUUUCAGGUUUAUGAUGACGUGAGGGUAGAACCUACAGAUGGAAGCUUCAUGGAUGCGAUUGAAUUUGCCAAAAAGGGAGCCUUUGACGCCUAUGUCGCUGUGGGCGGGGGCUCCACCAUGGACACCUGUAAAGCGGCUAAUCUGUAUGCAUCCAGCCCUCGCUCCGAGUUCCUUGAUUAUGUCAAUGCCCCCAUCGGCAAGGGGAAGCCAGUAACUGUGCCUCUUAAACCUCUGAUCGCAGUUCCCACGACCUCGGGGACCGGCAGUGAGACUACCGGGGUUGCCAUUUUUGACUAUGAACAUCUGAAAGUAAAAACUGGCAUUGCCUCACGAGCCAUCAAGCCCACCCUGGGGCUGGUCGACCCCCUGCACACUCUCCACAUGCCUCGCCAGGUGGUUGCCAACAGUGGCUUCGACGUCCUCUGCCACGCUCUGGAGUCAUACACCGCCAUUCCCUACAGCAUGCGGAGCCCCUGCCCUUCCAAUCCCAUCCAACGACCGGCGUACCAGGGCAGCAACCCAAUCAGCGACAUCUGGGCAGUCCACGCACUGCGGAUCGUCGCCAAAUAUCUGAAGAGGGCUGUCAGAAACCCCGACGAUCUGGAAGCAAGGUCUAAUAUGCACUUGGCAAGCGCUUUUGCCGGCAUUGGCUUCGGAAAUGCUGGUGUUCAUCUGUGCCAUGGAAUGUCUUACCCCAUUUCAGGUUUAGUGAAGACAUAUAAAGCCAAGGAAUACAAUGUGGAUCACCCUCUGGUGCCUCAUGGCCUUUCUGUGGUGCUCACCUCUCCUGCAGUGUUCACCUUCACAGCCCAGAUGUUUCCAGAGCGGCACCUGGAGACAGCAGAGAUAUUAGGAGCCAAUAUCCGCACCGCCAAGACUCAAGAUGCUGGGCCUGUGUUGGCAGAUGCCCUCCGAAAAUUCCUAUUUGACCUAAAUGUUGAGGACGGCCUCGCUGCUCUUGGUUAUUCCAAGGAUGACAUUCCUUCACUGGUAAAAGGAACACUGCCCCAGGAAAGGGUCACAAAGCUUGCGCCCCGUGCCCAGUCAGAAGAGGAUUUGUCUGCUUUGUUUGAAGCAUCAAUGAAACUGUACUGAUUAACGCGUUAGUGGAAAGAAUCACCAUUGGCCCUUGCAACAGAAGUUACAAACAGCAGAAGUUGAUCGGGGUUGGCCUUUGUUGUCUUAUCACCACACUUAAUUCACCUGUUUCUGAUUUAAAGGUGAUGUGAUUUGAAUGUUGAUCCUUUGGGGGAUUCCUUGGUUCUCAUUACAUAAAAACCCAUGGGCUUUAUCUGCCACUAGCAUAAGUUGUGGUGUUUGGUUAAGGACACUGACCCAUGGUGUCAGUGUUCCUGCACCAAACCCCAUCAAAUACAUAAAUAUGCCUAUGUCCAAACACUGCAUGUCUAGAAAUUUACCCUGAAGAAAUACUAGCAUUAGUGUGCAAAAAAAUAAUGCAUAUUAGGAUGCACACAUGGAAGUUUCUGACAGUAUUUUUGGAUAGUAAAAAUUAAAAGAAUCUAAAUAUUCAUUACUAAAUGAAUCCUAAUAUAGUAAAUGACAGAAUAUGGUGGUAUUAUUAAUAAAAAUGAAGUAAAACUCUUGAAAAUACAUCUGUUUCAUAAAAGAUGGUGGCAGGGAACAAGUGGCAGAAAAGUCAUAUAAAGAGGAGUUUGACUUAGCUUUUCAACUGUGUGUGAGUGUGUUUAUAUAGAGAAAAAAGUGCACAUCAAAAUAUUAAAAUAUACCAGAGAAGUGAAAUCAGGGGUAUAAUAAAUUAAGGAAAAAAUGUGCAUUGGGUAUUUUAUGCUUUCCAUUUUUUUAAGGUGCUGAAAUUAGAAUCCAGGGUCUUGCACACAUUAAGCAAGUGCUCUACCUCAGCUCUGCGGUUCAAGGUAGAGUCACACUGUGUAUCUUCAGUUUAAGGCUGGCCUUAAACUCUCCACAUGGCCAGAUCUGGUCUUGAAUUUGGGGUUCUUCUGCCUCGGUCUCCCCAGCACUGGGAUUAUAAAUGUGCACCAUACCUGGGCUGCUCUCUCAUCUUGUAUUUUAUACA